AUGCAGGAAGCGUUUCUAUUCUUUGGCGCGGAGCGGCGCGUCUUACGAGACCUGUCACUCUAUCUCGUGCUGACAGCGUCAGUCAAACACAAUCUCGCGUGCGAAUUCGUUCCGCGUAUGGUCGCUCCACCAGUGGCGGUGUUACCAGGGGCGAUGGAGAGCGUUUGCGAGCUCAGCACUCCGCUUUCUGAGGGAACAUUCACGCUGACCGACCCUCCACAACCCCUCCAAGCAUGCUCACAAAAGAACUCAAAACUCUCCUUCCACAUCCUGCAUCUCAUGGCUUCGUUGGACAGCGGAAACCUGGAAUUUGAGGAUCCUUUUUUCUCUCUCCCGGCCUUCGGGUGCUUCUUCACUGAGAGUAGUACAGCUCCCGCUGGGUACUGCCCUGGUCCUCCACCACUCGCCGGCGAGAAGCACGCGAGAGAAACGCUCAAGAGAGACGCGUUAGAGAGAGACGCGUUAGAGGGCGAAGCGCUUGAGCAGCAGACGCUUGAUGAGGGGGAGAGGCGAGAGAGGUUUGAGAGGGAGACGCAGGAGAGGGAGAGGCGUGAAAGGGAGAGUCGCCGGUCGUCAAUGUCCAACAAGAAGAGCCGCCUAAGGCAGCAGUCAGCCAUUCUGCAGCGACGAGGACGCAAUGCGGAAGCCGCUCGAGACCUCCCUCCUCCUGCCACUGCUGCAACUGCUAACGCGGCUGUGACUACCGGCAGUCAGGGGGGGUCUGGCAGUCUCAGUGGUGCUGUCCCUCCACUGACUGAGGGGAAGGCGGCGACAAGACAGCGGGGAGGUGGUGUGAGUAGCCAGAGGAGCUCCAUCUACCGCGGAGUCACAAGGCAUCGCUGGACGGGGCGCUAUGAGGCUCACCUGUGGGAUAACUCGUGCCCCAAGGAAGGCACCAACAAGAGAGGCCGCCAAGUCUACUUGGGAGGGUACGAUGACGAUGAAACGGCUGCCAGGGCGUAUGACCUUGCUGCUCUCAAGUACUGGGGUCCCACCGCUGCUACCAACUUCCCUGUUGAGAAUUACGAGAGGGAGCUGAGAGAGAUGGAGGGGGUUUCCAAGUACGAGUAUGUUGCUUCCAUCCGCAGGAAGAGCUGUGGCUUCUCCAGAGGGGCGUCCAAGUACCGAGGGGUCACCAGGCACCACCAACACGGGCGGUGGGAGGCGCGCAUAGGGCGAGUGAUGGGCAACAAGUACCUGUACCUGGGGACCUUCGCCACACAGGAGGAAGCAGCAGAGGCAUACGACAUCGCUGCAGUCAAGUACCGGGGGCUGAACGCGGUUACCAACUUUGACCUCAGCCGCUAUAUCGACGGGCUCAGCUCUCAACCCGAUGACCCUCAAUUAGCCGAGGAGCCUGUGAAGGCGGAUUCUGCAGUGCAGCAGGCGAUCUCGGACCCGGUUCCCCAGUUCCUGCCGUUCCAAAGCGACCAUGCUGCUGCGUGCUUCACUCCAGCAGUAUCGGUUGAUCUCGGUGCUCCCCUGCCCCUGCCUCUGCAUUCAGCGCACAUGCUGUCAGCAGGCACGCCAAACAUGGUACCCGCCGCCAUGGCACCGCCGCCGAGCGGCAGUGCGGGCCCGCGCCGUCCGCGCGCUAAUGGCGGAAUAGAAUCAUCACAUGCGCGAGACGGCCAGAUUAAAAUUGCGGCGGCGGAGACGAUUCAUACCGCUGCGGCGGCGGAGACCAUUCAUACCGCGGCAGCGGCGGUGGCGGCGGCGGAGGAAUGUAAUGACGAAGCGGAGGAAGGGGAGGAGGAGGACGGGAGCGAGUUUCUGGAGCGCGCGCGGAGCCUGCAGGAGGCGGAGGACGAGCGAGCGUACGAGCCGGAGGAGCAGAUCGACGUGUCGCGCUACAGCCUGCCGCUACGGUCGCCGGGCGGCAAGGAGGACACGUUCCGGUUCUCGUGGCGACGGUUCUGCAUCUUUGUGGGUCCGGGCUUCCUCAUGAGUAUAGCAUACCUGGACCCAGGCAAUCUCGAGAGUGAUUUACAGGCAGGCGCACAGACGGGGUAUGCUCUGCUCUGGAUUCUCUUCUGGUCCACCGCUCUUGGCCUGCUGCUGCAGGUACGGCUUGAUGCCACAGCAGCGCGAGUGGGAGUGGUGACGGGGUGUCAUCUAGCGGAGCUGUGUCGAAUGGAGUACUCACCACCAGUGCGCUGGGUGCUGUGGGGCAUGACGGAGGUCGCCAUAGUGGGGGCGGACAUUCAGGGUGGUGACACACCCCUAACCCCAAACUUUUCUCUCUGUUUAACCCUCCUGUGGCUCUGUGCACAUGUCUCUCCACUCCACGUCCCCACCAACAACCACCCAGGCCACAGCAGCGCGCGUGGGAGUGGUGACGGGGUGUCAUCUAGCGGAGCUGUGUCGAAUGGAGUACUCACCACCAGUGCGCUGGGUGCUGUGGGGGAUGACGGAGGUCGCUAUAGUGGGGGCGGACAUUCAGGAGGUCAUCGGCUGUGCCAUCGCCCUGAGAAUUCUCUCGAGAGGAUUUAUUCCCAUCUGGGCAGGGGUGCUGAUAACUGGGCUCGACAGGUGAGCAGUGAGCAUGGAGUGCAUGUAGGCUUGUGUGUGUGGACGGAGGUGGCCAUAGUGGGCGCCGACAUUCAGGAGGUCAUAGGCUGCGCCAUCGCCCUGCGCAUCCUCAGCAGGGGUGCCAUCCCCAUCUGGGCGGGGGUGCUUAUAACGGGGCUGGACAGGGGUUAUUCUCAUCUGGGCGGGCAUGCUCGUUACAGGGCUCAACAGGUGAAACGCGCAUGUGACUGUAGCGGUGCUGUGGGUACGACAGAGUUGGUUAUAGUGGGGGCGGACAUACAGGAGGUCAUAGGCUGUGCCAUCGCCCUGCGCAUCCUAUCAGAGAAGCCAUCCCCUGCUGGGCGGGGGUGCUUAUGUUGGGGCUCAACAGCGCACGUGAACAACAAGCAACAACGAGCAUGUUCAAUUUACGCUUGUGGUGUGUGUGCGCCUGUAGUGGGGCUGGGCAGCUUCCUCCUCCUCUUUCUUGAAAACCUUGGCAUCCGCAAGCUCGAGGCCCUGUUUGGUCUUUUCAUCGCUGUCAUGGCUGCCUCCUUCGCGCGCAUGUUCCUCGAAGCUGCACCGGACGCGGGGGCCAUUGCACAUGGUCUCCUGGUCCCCUCCAUCCCCAAGGGAGCCACCAGCAUGGCAGUGAGCAUACUAGGAGCGGUCAUCAUGCCGCACAACAUCUUCCUUCACUCCGCCCUCGUGCAAUCGCGUGCCAUCGACCGCCACUCCCCUCCACGCGUCUCAGAAGCUCUCCUCUACUUCACGCUAGAGUCCGCCCUCGCACUGCUGCUCUCCUUCCUCGUCAACCUCUGCGUCGUCUCUGUCUUCGCCCGCCUCUUCUACGGCCAACCAGGGGCUGCCGAUAUUGGGCUGGACAACGCUGCUGAGUACCUGCAACAAGCCUUCGGCUCAACAACCUUCCCAGUGGUGUUCAUCUGGGCAGCGGGCCUGCUAGCAGCGGGGCAAUCAUCAACCAUGACAGGCACAUACACGGGCCAGUUCGUCAUGUCGGGCUUUCUAGACCUGCACGUGCGCAAGUGGGUGCGCGUGUGUGUCACCCGCACCGUUGCCAUUGUGCCCGCCGUCGCCGUCGCCCUGCUCUACACCUCUCCUGCCUCGCACGCACCGCACUCACCACCGCAGCUGUCACCGCCCCUGGCAGGACUGGCUGUGCAAUGGCUCAACGUGCUGCAGUCCGUGCAGCUGCCCUUCGCUGUCAUCCCUCUACUCGCGAUUGCAUCCUCUACACACGUGAUGGGGAGAUACGCUAUUAAAGGGGCAGUUAAGGUGAGUGCAAUCUGCUGUUGGUGCAGUGCAGGUGCUGUUGUAAUGCCAAGUCAAGGUGAGCGCCAUGUGCUGCCAGUGCUAUCACUCUCCUCACUGGACGUGCUGAACCAGGGGCUCAACGUGCUGCAGUCCGUGCAGCUGCCGUUUGCUGUCAUCCCACUCUUGGCAAUCGCAUCCUCAACACGCGUCAUGGGGCGAUAUGCUAUCAAGGGAGCGGUCAAGGUGAGGUGUGAGUAA